AGGAAACUGAGGUGGACAGGGGUCAGGGUGCUGGUUCAGCUGCUAAAAGGAAAAUAAACAAGGCUUUUGGAGAGGAGCAGGGAGAAUGGUUUGGUGGUGGAAGAAAAUAGAGGAAGGAUCAAAAUACCAUUGGAGGUGGAGAUAGAGAUAGAGGCGACAUUGAUGUCGGAAGUGUAGGAGAAGACGUUGUUGAUGGAAAUCAGGGAGGACGGUGGGAGAGAUUGCAGUGUGUGGGUGGAGGUGGCGAUAGAACUGUUCUUCGUGGAGGAAGAGAAAGACGAGACAAAGAUCUCACUGUUGAUGGAAAGCGGGAAGAAUAUGAGAAGUUUGGAGGAAGAUGGGGGAGAAAUGAGUACAUCCUUGGAGGUGAAGGAGGCGCUGUUGUCGGUGGAGGAAGAGAAAGACGAGGCAGAGAUGACUCUGUUGGUGGAAAGCAGGGAGAAUAUGAGAGGAAGGAAAGAGGUCAGCGUACUGGUGUCCUGGAAACUGAGAAGGAAACAGGUCAGGGCUCUGGUGUCUCCGAUACUGAGAAGGAAAGAAGUCGGCGUGCUGGUGUCGUGGAAACUGAGGUGGACAGGGGUCGGGGUGCUGGUUCAGCUGAGAAAAGGAAAAUAGACAAGGCUUUUGGAGAGGAGCGUGGAAAUUGUUUUGGUGGUGGAAGAAAAUGGAGGAGAGAUCAAAAUACCAUUGGAGGUGGAGAUAGAGGAGACAUUGAUGAGGAAAGUGGAGGAGAAGACGUUGUUGAUGGAA